ACGUCAACUGCGGCCUCACCUCUCAGCAACCAGCUGCUGAUCAUCUUUCUCUUCACUUCCGGGCGGCGGCGACGACGGCGACGGCGACAACUGCAUCGACGACGACGGCGAAAACAGCGACAGCGAGUGGACUCUUCGUCAGUUAAUCUGCACGCGAGCUAGAGCGCUUGAUUGCGGCUUUGCUCGUGUCCUUUGCUGUGCUUUCUUGCACAUAAACAUCCCUCUCAGGCUAUCGCUUGUUUGUAUCGCCUUUCCUCUUUUCAGAAUCGUUGCCAUCAUGCCAUCCUCACUACCGGGCACCAGUGUGCCGUCUCCAGCACCCUCAAAUGCUUCCAACUCUGGCAUACAGAAGCGUAAAAGGGAGGGCCUUGCAUCCUCACUCCCUGCGCGCAAAACAGCGGUCGAACUUUCCCGUGAGCAGGAGUACAAGCCUACGGAAACCUUGAGCCAGAUGCAGAUCGCCAUUGAGCACCUGAAGCAAACUCAGCAGCCGAAGACCUUCGACGAAUUGCUACGGUACAUGUCUUUGCAUAGAGCUAGCGAGCAGGAUAUCGCCAAGCUGGAGCGGGCCAUGAAGUCUGGUAAGCACCCAAAGAUUGAUUACGACUCAGCGAAGGGGCUCUUCAAAUACAAGCCUCUCCUUCCCGUGCGGAACCGGGAAGAGCUGAAGAGGUAUCUCCAACAGCGGCCAAACAUGGUUGGCGUCAAGAUCGAGGACGUGCGGGAUGGCUGGCCAGACUGUGUGCCAGAGCUGGAAGCCAUGGCCGGGCGGGGUGAGAUCCUGCUUGCACGAUCGGGGCCUUCGAAACCACGCCCCAUGGCCUCCACGAACGAUGCGUCAUCUGCGGCCGCGGGCAAGCCUCCAACCCGCGAGUCCCAACCCCGCGUUGUGUGGGCGAACGAUCCGUCCCUGUGCAAGACCGUACCACCGGAUCUGCGCAAGCAGUGGGAGGCGAUCCGUAUACCCGAGUUGGAUUCUACCCUCAGGGAAAAGCUGGUCCAGGCCGGUCUGAAGCCAACGACAGCGCCGGUUCAAGUCCAAGUCCAGACCGUUACAAAGACGGCAAAGCCGCGCAAGAGACGAGCGGGUGCCAAGGGAACGGCGACGAAUGUGAAUGUACCGAUGAGAGAUUAUUCACACCUGAGAAAAUAGAGUCCGACUUGCAAAGGUCGCCACACGUGAUUUUCAGAACGCAUAUUCCGAAUACUUAGCUCGGAUUGCUCUCUGUGUAGGAAGAAAGCAUCAAGGAACUCUUCUGCAAAAGCAAACAGCGUCGCAAGUGUAAAAUUUUCGCCGGCUUAGACAUUAGAUACCCCAUCCAACAAAAGUCGCUGUUCUUUGGUAUUCUACUGUACAAAGACGUAUUUGAUGUCUCGAAGGUGCGUGCAAAUGCCUUUUGGCUUGCUCACGUAUAAUACAUGUUGAUCCAUAACUUUGAA